AUGCGGUUUCUCGGAAAGACUGCAACGUUUGCGAUAUUUCUCACGUUCUUCAUGUACAAUGUAAGCGUGCUGAUGACCUGUUGGCUAAUUUUUUUUUGUCUUGCCAGUAGCAAAGCUAGCCAUGGCAACUGGUCAUGCUAUACUGAUAAACCUGCAUCCAAAUAGGUUAUAGACAUCCACACCGGGCAAGCUUGAAAAAUAUGCCUGACCACGGUGGGAAUCGAACCUACGACCUUUGGAAUACUAGCCCAAUGCUCUGCCAACUGAGCUACGCGGUCAGGACGGUUCGAGUAUGUGAUAUUUUGGAACCGAGUCUAUAGUUCCUUCGAUAUCAAUUUAAUCUAUUAAUGAUCAUGAAUUUUUCUGUGUUGGUGUAGUGUACUCAGGUUGUCCGGUGUGGAUAUACACUCAGAGUAACAUCACAACCAUCAUAUUCACCUGACUACACUACACCAACACAGAAAAAUUCUGGUUAUCGACAGUACAUUUCUAAUACUUUGAAUAAUACAAGUCAUUAAAAAUUUGCAUAGUAUGAUCUGUUGCUUCGCCACUGUAUUUUGUAUUGAUAUCGUUUUGAUCGAACGUAGUCUGGGAGUUGGCAGGAAAAGGUUUGCCAGUGCAUGAGAGCUUUGUUGACAAUUUAAAAUAAAUAACAUUGUUGCUUAUAUUAUAUGUUUUCAUCUUCUUCUAGUAUGGAGAACCAGAUUGUGAAGAAAUGGCACGAAAGUAAGUUACAAGAAGAAGUUUAUAUACUGGAUAGCUCUAUCAGUUCUAAACUGUUCUUCCUAGAAGUACAGUAAAGAUCAUCUCUUAUUGAUCCAGUGUUACUACAGGAGGAAACCUAAACUAACUUUAUUUAUACUGGAUAUCUCUAUCAGUUCUAAACUGUUCUUCCUCAAUAGAGGUACAGUAAGGAUCGCCUCUUAUUGAUCCAGUGUUACUACAGGAGGAAACCUAAACUAAACUAACUUUGUUUAUACUGGAUAGUUCUAUCAGUUCUAAACUGUUCUCCCUAGAGGUGCAGUAAAGAUUAUCUCUUAUUGAUCCAGUGUUACUACAGGAGGAAACACGCUAAAUUAAACUAACUUUGUUUAUACUGGAUAGCUGUAUCAGUUAUAAACGUUAACUAACCACAGUGGCCUACACCAUACCAUACCAUACGUCCAUACCAUACCAUACCAUACCAUACCAUACCAUACCAUACCAUACCAUACCAUACCAUACCAUACCAUACAAUACCAUACAAUACCUUACAACCAAAUAUCAUUUAACUUUAUUUCGUACUCUCAUUUCUAGACUCACAACCCAAGAAUCAAACAAGAACGACGCCAAAUUCUUCAAAAAAUGCAUAGUGGAUUAUUUUGGCUUUGGUAUAAUACACAACACAAAUAUCACCGUUCCUCAAAUCGCCUCAAGCAACUUUUACGAUUCCAAAAAACGUCCCUACAUAGAACUAAUCGCAAAACGAGUGGAGCGUUUCUUUAUUCGCAAUGGGAACUGGUAUAAUAUAUUGCAAAAGAAAGACAUUUUCAAAGCGAACGACUGUCGAGAUCUAUUAUAUGUCGUAACAGCCAAGUACGUGUAUGCAUUGUACGUUCUACACACUUUGAAAUAUGAGUUAACAGUAUGUAUAGCAAGUGAGAGCGGCAAGUACCCAUUCACCUAUUCAAUAACAAGUCGUGGAAAUAUCUGUUAUAUUAAGCCACUUCACUUAAAGUGUGCGGAGGAAAUCGAACUUAAUCUUCUGGGACGAAACUCUGGCUCUCUGACUGCACUAUUCAAUCAGUUUUUCAGGGAGCCCAUUGGUGAAGACCGUACGGUACCCGGUUUUAAGGAGGACUCCGAUAUACUUAUGGGGGUGCGGGUUUCAGCAUUCAGCCUGGAGAAUGUCUUUCCACAAAUGUUUAGAGGCCCUAAUCUUUUCCACAAUUUAAUGCUUCAAGCUGUCGCGGGAAAAAUGAUAGGCAGUGCGAAGAUGAAAUUGUUAUCAGUGGCUGUGGCUAUAUUCAGAAUGAAGAGUUUUAGCGGGAAAUAUUUUAACGAGUUGCUAAGCGAUCAGAGUCCGUUGCGCGCGCAAACGUCACUCGCGAUGGUUUUUCAACACUGGGGCGUGGAGCUGACGUCAUUUGAUUCCAAGAUUAAAAGUUUUAUGGAAUCACCACAUUAUAAUUACGAACUGAAUUACCGUCGGCGUCACAAGAUCGCAUUUCAGUUGGUCAUCGGAAGACUGGAGUCUAAAGGUAAAAAUUGAAGAAGUAUUACACGGCUAUUUCUAUGUUCUUGGUAGCCUAGAACAUUAUUACUGUUUGAGAUAACGUUUUCAGGUAGUUCACACACAAACCACGGCAGCUUAUUGUAGACUACUACCUACACUGGACCACCACGUUUGAUACUUUGAGAUAUCGUUUUAGGUAGUACAGACACAAACCACGACAGCCUGUUGUAGAAUAAUGCCUGCACUGGACCACCACGUUUGAGAUAUCUUUUCAGGUAGUUCAGACACAAACCACGACCGCUCAUUGUAGAAUACUAUCUACACUGGACCAUCACGUUUGAGAUAUGUUUUUCAGGUAGUUCAGACACAAACCACGACCGCUCAUUGUAGAAUACUAUCUACACUGGACCAUCACGUUUGAGAUAUGUUUUUCAGGUAGUUCAGACACAAACCAGACAAACCACGACAGCUAGCUUAUUGUAGAACACUACCCACACUGGACCAUCACGUUUGAGAUAUGUUUUUCAGGUAGUUCAGACACAAACCACAACGCAACAGCUUAUACGGCAGAAUACCCCACACAGGGCCUCCAAAAUUCUAAAUUACUUUCUUCCAGACGAAAUUCCUUCAUCCUACGUCAGACUCUUAGCUCAAUAUGCGGUAUGCUUGGUUUACAACACUCCAGUGUAUCUGACCUCUGGCGCGGUACGGCACGCCGUCAUCAAAGAAAAACUUACUCAGAACCAACAAAAAUACUUCAUCCAGCUUGAAGACUAUUGGCAUUCCAUGUUGGAAAAUUGGGCGAUUGCCACCCGGGUUUAUAAGAAAGAGUGUUUGCGAAACAAGUAUAAGAUAAACGCUUGCCUGUUGAGGAUGAGUAAAUCACUUUAUCUUAUGUUUGAUGCGAUGGUCCAGGUAAGUUUUACUGAUUUGCUUGUCUGUACAAGCACUGUGCAAAUUUUUACUGAGACAAAUACACUUGUUGCUUAUAGUAUGGUUUCUUGUGCAAUUUGGAUGUUUUCCCCAAAUUGCACGAGAAACUAUACCUAUACAUGUUACACUUUAUUGCAUAUUACCCGACACUAAUGUAGCUACGAUUUAUAUUCCCGGUUAAGCAAUCUUAUCAAGAAAACUUUAGGGACGUUGGGGAACCCUUUUGAGCUAAAGACCGGAGGCAAAAUCCUCUCUCCUGCCCCCCCCCCCCACGACGGUUCUGCCUGCACGAUAUCGCUUAGCGAAACUUACCCAUUCUGAACAUGUAUUUUCAGAUGAAACUACUGUUACAAAAAUCUCGCAGAGGUAGUAAAAGUGGACGCUUGGGCGAAUUCAAAGAAACCAUGGCAAUCGCAAAACACUGGAUGCUAAAUUAUCGCAAUAAAGGUCGCACGAAACUCCCUAUCUUGACCCCGCCCGCCUGGAGGCGACCGUUCGGAAUGACGUUAAAACGACCUUUCCCGUCCACACAACAGGAUGCUCCGUUCGAUGAAACAGACGACUUCCCGGAGUGGGGCGAACCGGAACAGACGAUAGAGAAUGAAAAAACUACAACAGAGACUGUGGCAAAACCGCUGGGCGAAGAUGUCGAAAGCCCCGACGACACGAAGUCGUUGACUAAAGAUAUCGAGGGCGCACAUAAGACUGAGCCGUUGACUAAGGAUAGCGAGAUCACAAACAAAGAAAAACUGCUGGUGGAAAAGAAUGAAGACGCUGACGUUCAGCGUAAGACAAAACUGUUGGACAAGAAUGUUGGUGCGUCUGUGGGCUCACGAAUCGAAGUUCAGGCUGAAAAGAACGAUGGGAAGUCAUCGGGUAUAUACCUGACAAGUCCACUGACACCAGACUUUUUGGACUUAGCAGAUACUGAAGAGCUAGAUAACUUCGGAAAUUUUGCAACUCCACAGGAGGUCAAACCGUUAUAUGCCGAUGUUGACGCCGCGGUGUCUCCUGUGAAGCGAACAUUCUCCGAUGAGGACAUGGCAAGAUCGCUGCAUGAAGACGAAGGGCAUUCUGUGAGGCGAACACUCUCCGUUGAGGACAUGGCGAGGUCGCUGGAUGAGGACGAAGAGUCUCCGGUGAGGCGUACACUGCCCGAUGAGGACAUGGCAAGAUCGCUGCAUGAAGACGAAGGGCAUUCUGUGAGGCGAACACUCUCCGAUGAGGACAUGGCGAGGUCGCUGGAUGAAGACGAAGAGUCUCCGGUGAGGCGUACACUGCCCGACGAAGACAUGGCAAAAUUUCUGAAUGAAGACAAAGAGCCUUCUGUGAGGCGAACACUCUCCGACGAGGACAUGGCGAGAUCGCUGAAUGAAAACGAAGAGUCUUUUGUGAGGCAAACACUUUCCAACGAGGCCAUGGCGAGAUCGCUGGACGAAGACGAAGAGUCUUUUGUGAGGCGAACACUCUCCGACGAGGGCAUGGCAAGAUCGCUGGAUGAAGACGAAGACUCUCCUGUGAAGCGAACACUGCCCGACGAGGACAUGGCGAGAUCGCUGGACGAAGACGAAGAGACGUCCAUAGACUCAUCUAUGGUUGAACCAGAUUAUAAAACGAACAUGAAUAAUGAUACCGCAUCCAUGGUAGAGCCGCAUAGUAAAGUGACUGCAGGUUCGUCCAUGACAAAUCCAAUGGACAUGAACGAUAAUGAACAGAUGAGGUCGUCGAUGGACGAAGGUAAAGGGGAGUCCAUUGGUUCACAGAUGAACACAGAAAAAUCUGUGGACGCAUCGAUGACCAAACCAGAAAAUAAAGAUAUUAAGGAAACAGCAGGCUUACCUAUCAGACAACCGCUGAAUGAAGAUUCUGAGGAGUCCAUGGGCUCACCAAUGGCAAAACCGCUCAACAGCGAUCAUAAAGAAUCUCUGAGCUCAGAAAUGACGACGCCACUCGACAAACACACUGAGGAGACGACAGACUUACUAAUGAGAAAACCACUUCACAAUGACAUGAAAGAAAGUGCAGGUGCUGAGACGACAAAACCGCUGAACAAAGAUACUAAGAAGACAUCGGGCUCGCCAAUGGUAAAACCACUAGACAAAGAUAUUGAGAAGACAUCGAACUCACCAAUGGUAAAACCACUAGACAAAGAUACUGAGAAGACAUCGGACUCACCAAUGGUAAAACCACUAGACAAAGAUACUGAGAAGACAUCGGACUCACCAAUGGUAAAACCACUAGACAAAGAUACUGAGAAGACAUCGGACUCACCAAUGGUAAAACCACCAAACAAAGAUACCGAGAAAACAUCGGACUCACCAAUGGUAAAACCGCUGGACAAAGAUACUGAGAAGACAUCGGACUCACCAAUGGCAAAACCACUUGACAAAGAUACUAAGAAGACAUCGGACUCACCAAUGGUAAAACCACUAGACAAAGACACUGAGAAGACAUCGGACUCACCAAUGGUAAAACCACUUGACAAAGAUACUGAGAAGACAUUGGGCUCACUAAUGGUAAAACCACUAGACAAAGACACUGAGAAGACAUCGGACUCACCAAUGGCAAAACCACUUGACAAAGAUACUAAGAAGACAUCGGACUCACCAAUGGUAAAACCACUAGACAAAGACACUGAGAAGACAUCGGACUCACCAAUGGCAAAACCACUUGACAAAGAUACUGAGAAGACAUCGGGCUCACCAAUGGUAAAACCAGCAAACAAAGAUACCGAGAAAACAUCGGACUCACCAAUGGUAAAACCACUAGACAAAGAUACUGAGAAGACAUCGGACUCACCAAUGGUAAAACCACUAGACAAAGAUACUGAGAAGACAUUGGACUCACCAAUGGUAAAACCACUAGACAAAGGUAUUGAGAAGACAUCGGACUCACCAAUGGUAAAACCACUUGGCAAAGAUACUAAGAGGACAUCGAAUUCACCAAUGGUAAAACCGCUGGACAAGAACGUCAAAGAAACUGCGGGCGUGGAAACAGAAGAGCCAACGCAUGACGAUUUUCUGGAGUACCCGACAUCGGAUGCCCACGAUGUUCCAAGGAAAACAACCCGAACGAAAUCAGUCGGGAAUAAAACACAGGAACAUCCACGAUUUUUCUCAAGAUAUUAUCGACGUGGCCGAUAUGGUUAUAGAAGUUUGAGUGUGAGCCGACGACGUAGAUAUUCAAGCGUUAGUAGACGAAGACGGAGUAUAUAUGUAAGUCGUAGAAGACGAAUUAGUGUGGGCCGACGACGUAGAUAUUCAAGUGUUAGUAGACGAAGACGAAGUAUAUAUGUAAGUCGUAGAAGACGUAUUAGUGCUAAACCGAAAGCUAGCAGGGUCAACAUGGGGCCUGAUGAAACGAAAAAUAUCAAAAUAUUCCUACAAAAGUUCUAUUGCCAUUUUCGGCCCGAGAUUGAAAGGAUGAAAUUCCAAAAAGGAUGUAUGGAUAAGAUUCAACUGAGUGUCAGGAAAUUUAACCGUGUCGCAUUCUCUCAUUUUGCUCAGCGGUAUGGCAAGUCAUUCAGAGGGAAAAUGCGGUGGAAAAAACCAAAAGAAAAUGUACUUGUUAAAACUGAACUGUAG